CAGUCUGUUUCUAGCACCCGGUGUGUGAAGGUUCUGGAGGGCAGCAAGAUGGAAUCAGAAAGAGAAAUCAUCGACCUUCAACCUGGGAACUCCAACCCCAGGAGGAACCAACCCAUCAACCUGAACCAUUAUGCCACCAAGAAGAGUGUGGCAGAGAGCAUGCUGGAUGUGGCUCUCUUCAUGUCCAAUGCCACACGGCUGAAAGCGGUGCUUGAGCAGGGACCGUCCUCUCAUUACUACACUGCCCUUGUCACCCUCAUCAGCAUCUCUCUGCUCCUGCAGGUGGUCAUCGGAAUCCUCUUGGUUGUCAUUGCACGGCUGAACCUGAACGAGGUGCAGAAGCAAUGGCGACUAAACCAGCUCAACAAUGCGGCCACCACCUUGGUCUUCAUCACUGUUGUCAUCAACGUCUUCAUUACAGCCUUUGGGGCACAAAAGACAGGCUUCCUGACUGCCAGGGCCUCAAGGAAUCCCCUUUGAGCACAGCCUGGGACCUAGGU